AUGAGUCGACCCAGCGGUGGCCUCGAUGAAAUACGGGUCAAGCAAAAUGGAGGAGACCCGGGAGGUCAUCACUGUGAACCGAUCAAUACUCAAUCUGCAGCGGCGGCGGCAGCGGAGGGUCCGGAACCUGGUCCCGACUCAAAACUACUGUCUGCCCUAAAGAGAGACUCUCAGGCCAGGAGAGUGGACCUGACAGGGAGAGAGUAUUACAGUGAGGAGGGGAAGACCUUUCAACUGCAUCUCGUUGGGAAAAUAAAACAACAGUUAAACGCUGAUCCCUGCCUUUGUCCAGAGUAUCCAUCUUCUCUUGGGCUGACAGAAUUCACCAGGCGUGCCAAUGAGGUCGUUUUGGGGAAGAGCUCCCGGGCUAUAAUGGAGAGCCGGGUGUUGGGUGUCCAGACCCCUGGUUUUACUGCUGCUGUGCGCCUCGGGGCUGAACUCCUGAGGCACUGCUUCGAUGCUGGUGCUGCUUGGUGUGGUCCGGUCUACCUCUCCUCCCCUUGCGAUGACUCAUUGGCUGGCAUCUUCCAGGCAGCGGGGAUCCAGGAUAUCCGUCGGUAUUAUUACUGGGAUGAUGAGCUGCGGUGCAUUUGUUUGGAGAAGCUUCUGCAGGAUCUGGAGGGGGCUCCUGAGCAAAGUGUUGUUGUUCUGUCAGCGUCUGCCCAUUACCCAACCGGAGCAGAUCUCUCUCAGGAUCAGUGGACUGUGAUUACACAACUAAUCAUGAGGCGUAGGCUCUUCCCUUUCCUCCUGCUGCCCGCUCAGGGGCUCUGCUAUGGAGAUUUUAAGCGGGAUUCCAGUCCUGUACAGCUCUGUGCAUCCCAAGGCAUGGAGCUCCUUUGUGCUCAGUCCUUCUCUCACUGCUUUGGCCUUUACGGUGAGGCUGUGGGUCACCUGCUGUGCGUGUUGAAGCAGAGCAGCCUCCUGAUAUCUCUGCAGUCUCAAGCUGUCAAGUUAGUCAGGUCACUGUGGGCCCGGCCGUCUGUGGGAGGAGCAGAUGUCGUCGCCACUGUGCUCUGUAACCCCGCACAUCUUGUUGAAUGGCAGGGAGAAGUUAAGCGCAUGGUUGAGAGAAGUAAGCUGAUCAGAGAUAUUUUGAGAGAGAAGCUGAGGCUUCUGGGAACUCCAGGCUGCUGGGACCACCUGACACAACAAGGUGGACUCUUCUGUUGUACAGGCUUGAAUGAUCAGCAGGUGGAAUUUCUGACAAAGACGAGACAUGUGAACCUCCUUCCCAGUGGCUGUCUGAAUGUGAGCGCAAUCAACGGCCGUAACCUGAAGUAUAUAUCUGAGUCCAUCCAUCUGGCCAUGGCCACUUCACCAUGAUCACAUGGCUUUUGAAAUCAGGAUCUGAAAUCUGUGUCACAGGGGCUUUCAAGCUUCCCUCAAAUAAUGAAAUGCUCUGUUUCCUGUAAUUAGUAUUAUAGCUGUGGCAAUCACAAAGUAAAUGUUAUUACGAUAGUUGUUGUUAAAAGGAGAAUGAUUGCCUAAUGAACCUACGCUUACUUUUGAUGAUAGAAUUCCAAUCAUUAGUAACUGUGAAAUAGACCUGAUCCUUCAACAAAAUGUGCUGUGAUUGUUUUUGGCAAAUGUUCCUCCUCUGUUUUGGUGUUUAAUUUUCAUAUGGCAAAAUCUCUACAGUUACAGCUAUCAGCUGGUUAGCUUAGCAGAUUGGCAAAGGUGACAAAAUGAAACUGCCGCCACUUGUAUAAUUCUAUGAACAUGUUUCUUCUGGUUGCUUUAAUUCCUUAAAGAUUUUUUUUUAAAUAAACCAAAAUCCCCCUAAAAUCCUGUAAUCGCCAAUUUGCAAUCUCUAUUUCAGUUAGCGCAACUUAGGCAGCAGCUAUACUCGUGUUCAACCCUGGUUGAGAGGUGUUCCAGACCAUAGCCUGUAUAUAAAGAUAG